CAAACAGAAACAGAAAAAACAAAAACAAAAAAACACAGACGUAAAAAAAAAAAAAAAAAAACAGUGGAGGAAAGAAGUGGGCGGUCCUUGAGGAAAAGUGGGUUGGAGGUGGGUUGGGGGCCUGAGAACCCACUCACCCCGUUCACAGUCGCGGAGAAGAAACGGCAGCGGAAGGUAACGCGAGAAGAGAUUCGGACGGCGCGACUUUCGUGACUAUGAGAGUGACACCGAAGUCGAUGGCAGAGAAACGGACACAGCCCAGCGUAUAAAAAAAAUACAAAAGAAGGAGAAGAAGAAGAAAAACAGAACUAAAGACAACGUCGAUAUAUAAUAGGUCGUUAUAAGACCCAUCGACCUCCACGCCGCCUCCACCUAUCGCAAUGGCCAAAGACAGAACCAUCCACGUCCGCCCCUUUUUGGCCUGGACCGCAAGAAUGUGGUCGGCGGUUGCAUUAACUAUGCUCGUGGGCGGCUGCCUGGUACUUCAGAGGAGAUCCGGUUCUCUGCAGUCCGCCCGCACGCCCAUAGAUGCCGUGGUUCGUCAGGAGAGGGCGGAGUGUGGGCGUGCAGAAGGGAACAAGAAAUAUUUGCCUCCUUGUCCGGCUACUCCGCCUGGCUUGCAGGGGAAACUUGAAGUCAGAGAAGACGUUUCCUUAAAAGAGGCUGAACACGACCUGGCAGAGGGAGUAGGGGUGGGGGGGUCCUGGUCUCCCCCCCACUGUCUGCCACGCUGGAGUAUCGCGAUAAUCGUUCCUUUUCGCGAUAGACAGCAGCAGGUCGGCCCGUUCCUGUACCACAUGCAUCAUUUCUUGCAACGGCAGCAGCUCAAUUACUCAAUCUAUAUCGUCGAGCAGGAAGGUGCGGAGUUGUUCAACCGCGCUCGCCUCCUGAACGUGGGUUACCUGCAGGCGCUAAGAGACGGCCCCUUCGACUGCUACGCCUUCCACGACGUCGACAUGCUUCCCGAGGACGACCGGCAUCUGUACCACUGUUCGCCGCAGCCGAGGCACUUGGCCGUCGCUGCGUCGAAUCAUAAUUAUAGAUCCUCACACAGCUUAUCAUACUACAAGUACUUCGGUGGCGCUUGCCUCAUGACCCAAGAUCACCUCGCGCGGGUCAACGGCUGGAGCAACAUCUACUGGGGGUGGGGGGGUGAGGAUGAUGACAUGUGGAGGCGCCUGUCCUUCGAGAACAUUCCCGUGUGGCGUUUCCCGGCCAGUGUUGCGAGGUACAAGACGAUCAAACACGAUCCCCAGGCGGUCAAUGAUAGGAGGUACCAGACCCUUAAGAGAAACACGGGACGUUAUCCACACGACGGUCUCUCGACGAUCAAGUACGUCAUUAAAUCAAGAAUCAAUUAUCCUCUCUACAUCCACAUCUUAGCCGACAUUGGAACACCACCCUAGCCCCUGACGUAACACAGAGGUCUUUCUUUAAUGCCUAGAUAAAUAAAGGAUUGAGAGACUGAUAAUUUCUAAGUUGAUGUAGGAUAAACUGCGAUUAUCCCUGCAAAUGAUAAUCCAGACUGAUAGAUGGAUUCCUAAUAUAAAGGUUUUCGAAUCCAACGCUAAGAUCUGAUAUUAAUCCUACAUCGGGGUAUUCAAUCCCAAGACCACUGGAUAAAAUCUUGGAGAAUUUAUAGAUCCUCAUACUUCAGAAAUGGAGGACAUUCGUAAAAAUAUGGAUGAUUCCCAAACCAAGGCAUUUAACCCACAAUUCCAGGUAAACGCGACGGUCUUGUGGUCAACAUAUCAUUACUAUGUACUAUGAUGUACCUGUAAAUACACGCGUCCACAGAAUAUGUUAGAAUAGGCUAUGUUUGCGGACGAGUCUUCACCUGUGAUAACUAUCUCACCUAUGGUUGAGUGUUAAUAAAAUAUGCGCUUGAA